CGAUGAACGACAUUCAUAGGGCGGUCGGCGGCCGGACAUUGAGGGAAGCUUAAACAAAGUGCUUUGUACAGGAAUCCCGUCCUCGAUGAUCGUCAAUAUGCCUGGAGGAUAUCACAUGCGCAUGUUCAUCGCCUGGUUGAGGCUCUCUGUCAGGAAUACCAUAUUUCGCUCAUAUACGAGCCUCCUCGCUUUCCUUCUGCGACUAAUCCGACACUGCCAGAUCUUUGUUAGCCGAAAAAAGAGAACCUUUCGAGGACCAGAUUUAGCGUUCAGCUCUCAUCCGACCGACCAAGAGAAUAAGACUCAGGAGACUCUCGCCGUGCCGCUGCUCAAAGCACCACGAAGUGAAGGGUUGAAUCCUCUAGCUUCCAACACCCAGUCUCUCCCGAUCCCUUCUGUGCCAUCAACACCAAGCUAUAUCGCGAUGCCUGAGCCCAGUUUUCACACCACCGUCGCUGCCACCAUGCUGCCCCAUGCCGCGGCGCCCGGGCAGUUCACUUUUACUCCCAUCAUACCUGGACAGAUAAGGCGAUAUGAGAGGAAUCAAUUUCAAGAUCAAAAUGAAGAUUUUGAGAUUCAAAAAGGUCCUUUGGACUAUUCAGAGGAGCUCGUUCCGGUGUCGGGAUGGGAACCGCUCACGCACCCAGAAGGCGCUUUGUUUUUCUAUCACUCAUAUGAUCGAGUUUUCACCGAUGUUGAUGUUCGAGACCCUGGAUCUGCGGUCACAAUGGGUACAAUGGGUGAGGUUGUUAAAGAGGCGUACAAAGAAGCCCGCAAGGCACACACCUUUCAUGCGUCCGUCGAACUCACUUUGGAGCAUAUGGAAGUGGAUGGGGAAGAGAAAUGGGGGUACUACUUUGUCGAUCACGACAGACAUGUCAUUUUCUGGCCGGAACCCUACAAAUCUGGAGAUCUUCUGGAUAAUGUUCGAGGAGUCAAACGCAAAAGCCACAUCAAAUAUGCACUAGAAUCGCAGUACUGGUUACACAUCGAAUUAUUUCCAAAUAAACGCUUCCUUCCGCAAUAUGUCCUCGUGAGACUUAAGGAAAUCGUUAUGUUUACCCAGGCAGACAAUAUUACUUCUGAAAAAUCCCUAGCAACUUUUACUCCGGACCAGGUUUCAAGCAUGCUAGACCUUAUGGAUCCUCUCAUGAGCAGUGUUGACAAGGAACAUGAGCAUUCUGUGUGGAUCGUCGCUCGGUUUAUGGGAGAUUUCUGCAGCGACAAGUUUGCGAAUUUCUGUGGACAGCCGGGCGCCCGACUUGACGUAGACCAGUCGUUAUACGGCGAUUCCGUUCCCCACCCGAAAAGCGUCCUUUUUCGCGUCAUGAAUGUGAUUUUGUUUGGAUCCCCUGAUGCUCAAAGCAAGGCCCUUCACAAGAUAUGGGUCGAUUACACCAUUGUUCAACGGCGUUGGAAAAACUUCAUCAACAGGCUCAAUAAUGAAUGGAAUGGAUACACGAUAUUCUCUACGGUGAUGCUUGCCGUUGAUAUCAGUUUUUUGGCGGUUCCACCUGUCCAGAAUCAAGUGCCUGCAAUCCUUGUAUUGUAUAUGUCUACCCUCUGCGCCUUGGGCUCGUUAGUGAUCUCACUGGUCCUGGCUGGACAAGUCAAUGACAGCCGGCGGGAUUCCGCUGAAAGCGUGGCCUCGUUCAUGUUAGAAAUGUCGCAAUCUGUGCUCGGCCUCGAGAGCCUUGCACUCAUGCUUAGCCUGCCGUAUGCUCUUCUGAUCUGGGGAAUGGCAUUCUUUGCUGCAGCGUUAUCCACCGUGAUUUACUGCACUUCCGACGUUGUCACCAUCUCGAUCGUCUCUCCAAUUUGGGCUGCCAUAUUUAUCCUGUCGACGUGGCCGGUACUAGCUACUAAUAGUAUCCAUGUAUCCCACAUGAGUCCCUGGAUCGCGAAACAAAUGUCGUAUUUCAGAUCAUGGUGGGUAGCCACCAGGUCUCAUUUCUAAUCCGAUGUACUACAGUUAUGUCUGGUGUUUUGGAUGUUUUAUGCGAACUGGUUUGUUACUGGAUAUUGAUGUGGUGUACACAGCCCUGUGCAUUUAUAGUGAACGUGACACUUGCAAGUUAUUCUAUUCCUCCGCCAGCACCUCAUCAGUCCACCGCCAUUCUACGUGUUUGGACUGUCACGUUUUUUCUCCUAAGCUAGUGCCCUUGAUCCCUAUGUAU